AUGGUCCCCUUCCCUCCUUUUUGGUUCGUCAAGGACCUGGCCUGGUCUUCACCCUCGACCGAUAUAUAUUCACUCACCCAAAGGAUAGAUCAAACUGGUUGUUGGAUGGACGCUUUGGACCAUGGAGUCCAUGAUGCCAUCCCAAGGCGAUGCUUUUGGAAUAGUUCCAAAAUCAAUCCAGUCCAUUUUGUCCAGGGAAACAAACACUCGACCAAC